CAGUAGUCGUCUAAUAUACCUAUCUGUUGGCUGUCCCCAUUGAUUUUGUCCUAUCGUCCUCAUGACAGUCGUGAGUCGUGAACCGUGAGUAGUAGUCUAUCAUUAUCAUCGCUAUCGUUACCUCAGAUUCUGAUGUUCGCUCAAACCACCUACUAAUACUGACUUUAAUUUUUUUUUUUAAACUCUGGUCAGUAGGAAUUUUUAAAAUUGUUUCCGUUUUCGUUAUAUUGUUUUUGCGAUGAACUCCAAAAAUUCUGUGCUUUCCACCGCACCGAAGAAACAAAAGAAGCCCAACUUCAACUCCUGCGUGAUGUGCUUAAAGUCCAAAAAAAAAGGAUAUAACAUUUCUUUGCACAAAUUCCCAAAAGAUCCCAUCAGACGAGCAGUUUGGCUUAGAAAUUGUAGAUUUGUGGAAAAAGAAAUUGAACAUAAUAGAUUGUUAUGCUCUUCCCAUUUCGAAAAAGAUUGCAUUGUCCAACACCGCACCAGAAGAGUAUUGAAGAAAUCCGCCGUGCCUGUUAUUUUUGAUAAGAAAAAAAAAAAUAAAAGAGACAAAAAACGAAGUCAACAUUCCCAACCUUUGCAAAAAACAGUUACAAGGAGUAACUGCAAAGUGUAUUAUAUCCUGGUGUCGCCGAUAAUUUUGGUUAAACCAAUAUUUGUUCAAAAUCUCGUUCCCGCGUCACAUGCUCAAGAUACUCAGACAUCUGGGCUUUCAGAAACUACACUGCAAAUAAAGGUUGAAGAUUUGGAAAAUCCAGCUGCUGAUGUUAUACCAAUGUGGGUUCUAAGACAAUUUACUGAUCAAUUGUCAGGAUACUCUUUAGAUCCUGAGAAGAAUAAUGGAACCGAUGAUGUUCCAAUUUUUCCUGAGAAUAAUUAAUUUAUUGACAUUGAAACUUUUAUUUAAGGUAAGUAUUUGUUAGGAAAAUAUGACAUCAAUCAAUAUUAAAUA